UUCUCAAGUUAGUUGAUUUGCAACACAAAUAAUUGACACAGCUGAAACGUGUUGUACACUAUAAACGCUGAAAAUUAUCCAAAUAUUAUGUCAAGGUGAGGUCCUUUUUUCAAUUAAGGCUACCCACUUAGUCAUAAAAUGGAUGAACAGCUUGAAUUCUACAAAUGUUUGUAUUUGUGGAGAAGAUGUGAUUAUUUGAUGGGUUUUAAGGAAUUUGUCGACAAACGUCGAACCGCUGAUCAAACUUGGUUAGAAAUUUCAAGCAGAGGGGAUGUAUUUGAUAGAAAAGAGAUUGGUGCUCAUGGAGAUGGCAUUUAUUAUAAGAGAGGUAUGCGUGACCAAUUCAUGAUAUUUAGGAACACUUGUGUUUUAUCAGAAGAGUCUCUUUGGAACCCAUCACUCGAAAGCAAAUCAGUGUUAUUAGCUGAGUACUCUAACCCAGGCUAUUGUUUCCUAAAAUAUAUCACUGGCCCUGUAUUCUCGGAAGAUUUAUAUGCUUCUAACAGUGACUCUCAAAUAUGUUUUUCAAGCUUCAAAUUUAUAAAUCAUUGCUUAAAGGUAAUAUCAGAAAACGUUUUUUCGGAGGGACCAGUCGUUGUAAACGUUGAAGAGAGAACCACGUGCGCACUUCCUGUCCUUGGCUGGCCACAAGUUGCCAAGGAAUGGAUCACAAGGAACAGAAAACAAUGUUGGCCAACACAGGAAACGUUGGAUAAAGUUAUACGUGACGGAUCCAUUGUGUCCCAGUUGGCCAAUCACAAUCUCCAUCAAGACAUCUCGAAUGGCAACUCUCUUUUUCCGUUGCCGAAUGUACUUUAGUACAUUCUAUGAAUCACAGUCUUUUUAAAUUCUAUCAGAUCUUAAGAAUCCUUAUUCAUGAACGAGUGGACAAUUAUGAUGGAUGCAGAGGGGGUGUCUCCUCAUACAUGAUCAAAACACUGAUGUUUUGGAUGUGUGAGGACAAAUUACCAAACUUAAUUUGUGCGGGAAAUUUGAGAGAGAGCAUUCAAGAAUGUUUGACACAACUAGAGGAUUGGAUCAGAAAGGACUGUGUUCCUCAUUAUUUCAUUCCAGAGAGAAACAUUGCACGAAAUUUAAGACCGUUACAGAAAUCAAGAAUACUAGAAAGACUUUUAAUUAUAAAAGGCGAAGUUUAACGAGUGUUAUUAGGAUGUCUAUCUUUCAUGAAAAUUGACAAAGUUACAUCUGUGGUACAACUUCCACCAAUCGAUUCUCUAGAUAUUAGUUCAAAUGAUUUAAAGACAAGGUGCGAGUUUGUGUUUUUUAAAAGCAUAGGGGAAUUUAGUAGUAUACUUUUUCCUCGAGCUCUUCGAGUUUUAGGAAUCUUUGAAAAUACAUAUACUUUUGAGAGUUUGAGUGAUCUUCAAAGCAGUUUCUUAAAACAAAUGUAUUAUGGGGUAGCUAAUGCUGCUGGCAAAAUAGCAUUCCGAAUAGGCCAACACUUAGACUCAAAUAAAGAAAGGUAUCGCGUGAUCUGUCUUUCAGAGGCAUUUCUCAAAAUUGGGUGCUCAAUAGAUGUAACUAGUGGAAAACUGUCCCUUGCUACUCUGUAUUUUUGCUUGAAUAGAGAUAGGAAGUGCAUAAUUGUUACUGAUGCAAUUCUUCGUGAAAUUCAGCCUUUCGUUGUUUAUUUACGAACUUUGCCAUACCUUUUAAACAAUUCAAGUCGUUUUAGGCUUUACCAAGAUGCUAUUUUCAAAGAUUCUAUCCCAUUGUGCUUAAAAAUGAGGAAGGGAUGUAUGACCGACAUUGAAAUUAUCAGAUCCACAUCCUUGUGGCCAGCUGCCAUUGACCUAGAGAUGGAGACAUACCACCCUGAAAUAAAAUUGAUAUCGGUACCAGCUUUGGUUUACUUGUAUUUCUUAAGGUUUUUGUGUUUUGAAAGGUGUUGUGAUAAUAUUCUAACAAUGGAGGCUCUGUCAAACUUGUCUGUCAUCUCUUACGAUGACGAACACAAUGACAAAUCGUUUCUGACUUAUAACAUCAUCGGUAUUUGUCAUAAAAAAGUUAAGAAUUUUGCAAAGGCUGUUGAAAUGUUUGCCUAUGGUGCCAAACACGCUAAGAAAUAUCACUGGAUGUACACAACAAAUCCUGGCCUUCUACAAAUAGGCUUAGUUCUGAAAAUAACUUUUAGAGAGAUGAGAAAGAAAUUAUCAGUGUGAUCAUUAAGUGUGGUGAUACAAGUGCGUCUUAAAGAGUUUGAUUAAAUAGUUAUUUUGCAUUGUAUUUAAUGUAUUACAAUAAAAAGAAUUAAGGCUUGAA